UCUGACGAUCAUGACGAACGUCUCGCCUGUAAUAACAAAACCUAACCCUUCUCGCACUCGAAAAGCGUAUUUUGUUGUGAAAAUUAUAGAACUGACAAUUAAAUAUAAUACUGUACGUUUUUAUGAAGAGCAUAUGAACUCGAAUGAUGACUGUCAUCGUUUUCGAAACUGAUUAUAUUUACACAUUAUGCGACAUUACUAGGCAACUGAACUGUAUCGAUUUCCUGGAAUAAGAAAAUCCCGUGCACUCAAUUGCCAGGUGAGCAUCUGUAGCCAAGCCAAGAUGACAAGCCCAAACCGAGAUAUCCCCAUCCACAGCUGGCCAGGCUCCUACUACAUUAACAGUGAGAAGCGCUGGGAGGCUGGCACCCUGUCCCUGACCCGCACCAUGCUGCGCUUCACCUCAGACCAGAGCAGAGAGAACCUUGUCAGCUUCCGCCUCUCGAGGAUCAUGGAGAUCAAGAUGGAGUCAUCCAGCCUCAUCUUCAGCACUCUCACGGUGUUGGAGCAGGGGAAUAUCAAGCAUUGGUUCGGUUCGCUGAGACCCAACCGGGUUGUGGUCUACAAUGUCUUGGAGCAUUUCUGGAGGGAGAGGUUGUUGUCCCCCUCAACUGAAGUCCAGGUGGCAGAGGCCCAGUCAACCAAGGGGAGGGAGCUUAUUAACCUGGUGGUGGGGACUCAGAGACGGUUAGAGGACACAGGGAAUGUCCUUCACUACCAGGGAGAGCAGUUUGAUAACAUGAUGCACGGCCUGGAUAAGAUCGACUCUGAUCUGGGCGUGGCAGACAAGCUGCUGUCUGAACUGGAGUCUCCACCAUGGUGGCCUUUUAGCAAAUUAUUGUGGAAGAGUCAACAGGAUGAGAAGGCUGUCCAUGCUGCCAGAGAGGCUGCUUGUAAGGAGACAAGAACAGGCAAGCACAGAGUGAUUACCAGCAUACCAGCCAUCGUGUCCCGAGGCAGAGACUCAGACCUAAAGCCUGGCUGCUUGAUUGUGAUGGUGUCCUCCUUGGAAGUCCGAGAUACAAACUAUGCGCUGCUCCACCACUUUGAGAGGGACGAGGUGGAUGACAUACGGGUGCACAACCCGUACGAGAUCAGCGUGAGGCAGAGGUUCAUAGGGAAGCCAGACAUAUGCUUCCGACUACUGUCGGCUAAGAUGCCGGAGGCCAUGUCAGUCCUGGAGAUGCAGUAUAAGAAGAAGGUGGAGUACACAAGUGAGUACUCUGCCUUCAAGACCGCCUCAGCCACAACCCCCGGUGACCAGGACCAAUGUUCAAUAUGGAAUGCAGAAUGCUUGCAGCAGUACCAGGAAACUGAGGUCCCAAUGGCUGUCCCAGCAGGAGAACUGUCCCAAGUGCAGUUGCAUGUUCUUAAGCCAGAGGUCACGCAGGCUGAGGCUCAGGAGCUGCGACAGAUGCUAAUGCAGUUGAAAAACCUGGCUCUGGAGGCUGAGACCGAACUGGAGAGGCAAGAUGAGGCCCUGGAUGUUCUGACCGCGUCUACAGACCGGGCCACCAUGCACAUAGACAAACACACUUGCCGCAUGAAGAGGCUGCUGUAGCUCAAACACACAUCACCCAGCUGGUUGGUUCACUACAGUCGCAAUCCAGAUAUGUGCUGUGAGUAGCUGUCACCUUAUAACUAAUUUAUUCUUAAAGAAAUUUGCUUUACCCUAAAUCCCUAAAUAAUUUGAGGUUAUGUAACCAUUCAAAUCAAAUUUUACAUUUCACUUGGUUGUAAGUCAAUUUGAGUUAUGUCUUAGCCUCAGGUGUAUUCAUGCACCCUUACUUACACCGUUAUGUAACAUGUACAUUAUAGAAGAAACCAAUGUUCAAUGUGGGGAGUACCAAGAAAGCCACUAGAUGGCAUUUAUGCCAAAGUAAGGAACGUAAUUCCCAUCUGCAGGCUGUGUAGGUGUUGUCUUCUUUGUAAGACUGCACAAAAUAUCAUAUGGUAUCUCAAUUUUAUUAAACCCUAUUGAGAAUGUUCAGAAUGUAUGCUACCGUUCAAAAGUUUGGGGUCACUUAGAAAUGUCCUUGUUUUUGUCUAUUAAAAUAACAUCACAUUGAUCAGGAAUACAGUGAAAACAUUGUUCAUGUUGUCAAUGGCUAUUAUAGCUGGAAACAGUUGAUUUUUAAAGGAAUGUAUUUGGGGUACAGAGGCCCAUUUUCAGAAACCAUCAGUCCUGUAUUCCAAUGGCACGUUGUUUUUGCUAAACCAAGUUUAUCAAUUUAAUAGGCAAAUUGAUCUUCAGGAAACCUUUUUGCAAUGAUGUUAGCACAGCUGAUAACUGUUGUGCUGAUAAAAGAAGCAGUAAAACUGGCCUUUAGACAAGUUGACUAUCUGGAGCAUCAGUAAUUGUGGGUUUGAAUACUGGCUCAAAAUGGCCAGAAACAAAGAACUAUAUUCUGAAACUCGUCAGUAUAUUAUUUUUCUAAGAAGUGAAGGCUGUUUCAUGUGAGAAAUUGACUACAAUCUGAAGAUCUCGUACAAGGUUGUGUACUACUCCCUUCACAUCAGAAUAGGAGUGGGAGGUCCUGGUGCACAACUGAGCAAGAGGACAAAUACAUUAGAGUUUCAUGUUUGAGAAACAGGUGCCUCACAGUUCCUCAACUGCUGUUUCAUUAAAUUGUACCCGCAAAACACCAGUCUUGACUUCAACAGUGAAGAGGCGACUCCCGGAUACUGACCUUCUAGGCAGAGUUGCCAAGAAAAAGCCAAAGAAAAGAUUUAGAUGGGCAAAAUAACCUAGACACUGGACAGAAAAAGCUGACCAAAUAAAAUGAUGCUGGAAGAGUGCUUGACGCCAUCUGUCAAACAUGGUGGAGGCAAUGUGAUGGUCUGGGGGCUCUUUGGUGGUGGUGAAGUGGGUGAUUUGUACGGGGUGAAUGGGAUCUUGAAGAAGUAAGGCUAUCACUCCAUUUUGCAAGGCCAUGCCUUACCCUGUGGAUAAUGCUUGAUUGGAGUCAGUUUCCUCCUAAAACUGGACAUUGACCUAAAGCAGAGCUCCAAACUAUGCAAGGACUAUUUAGGGAAGAAGCAGUAAGCUGGUAUUCUGUCUAUAAUGGAGUGGCCAGCAUAGUCACCGGACCUCAGCCGUAUUGAGGUGUUGACCAUAUGGUAUGUAAGAAGUGCCAUAUGGUCAACACCUCAAUUGAGCAAUUUGACCAACUUGACCAUAUUAAUACAUAUUAUAUCAAAAUACUGUAUCAGAUGAAACCACCUUCUUUUCUUGUCCAUUUAUGGUAUAUUCUCUGGUCUGAAUUGGUUACCAUUUGUGGACAUGUUGGAAGUGUUGAAAAUCUUGUGUAGCAAAGAGUACCCAAAUACUGCCAAUAAGUAUCUAGAGUCUGAAUGAUAGAUUAACCCUCAAAUAAUCUAUUAAUUAUUUACCAGUGUGUAUAACUGUUAGCAAUCUGCAAGUAGCAGACCUAUGAAAAAGUACAAAUUAGUUAAUGUUAUUUAUAUAACAGCUAUGUAUAGGAUCCUGAUUGAUAUGACACCACUUAGGAGUCGUAAAUCAAACUUGGAUUCUGGCUACACAUGAACUGGGAACAUUCUGUUUAAAAAUCUGUGUAAAUUAAUCAAAUUAAUUUGAAAUAUCACCCUUCUCUUGCUCAAUGCAUUGAAGACUCAGUGAGUAGAUCAACAUAUUUUUGUUAGCUGAAAAUUGAAUCCCUGGGUUGUAUUUACAGAAAUGUUUUAUCCACACAAUGAUACAGUAAUUGUGUAUCACUUUGAGGAACAAUUAUUACACUGCUACUUGAUGUGUUUUUCUUUUUCAGUUGCAGGUGUCAGUAAAGUCAUCAACUCCCUCCAUGCACAUGGUUUAUUUUCUGCUCCAAGUGUCGCAUGUCCCCAUGUUGUAGAGGAAGUGAUGCAUCAAGUGGGAUUACUGCAUUAUAAUCCAGGUUAGCAGUGGAAAUGUAACAUGUAAUAAAUGUCCCAUGACACUGCGACCCAUGAAACGUACAGAAUACUGACCACCUAGUCUGUCACUACCUAUUCUAAUCUGUAAGAAGCUGGCAGAACCAGAAGAUUUCUCAUAUUGAUAUAUUUAGGAAUAUUGUCAAUGUUAUCUGUAUAGAUGACAUGUAUAUUUCUGUGUGCUGUAAUAUAUCUGUAUUACUGUAAUUUAUUCAUUGUAUAUCACUGUGGCUCACAAUAAACUGUUACUUAAACCCACAA